CAGUGUUCAAGCUAGAACGCGGCCUUCGAUUACUCAACCGACUUCUCCCAGCGUUUGCAUCAUUUGUGGGGGGAGCUGGAAGAUGGCAGCGGAGGUUCUGGGAGCUGCCUGGAUCCUGCUCUGCGCUCUGUCACCGCUGGUCUUAGCAGAUAAUGAUUGCCUCUGGUAUGAAGACAGAAAUGGAGCCUGGCAUCCUGGAUUUAAUUGUUAUGUAUUCUCAUUCUGCUGUGGUAAUUGCCACGAGAGAUUUUGCUGCAUGAACCCCCUUCAGCAAAUCAGUGAGAGGGAGCAGAAAACAUGUUUACCACUAAGCCCAAAGACAAUGUUUGGUAUUGGAUUUGCUGUUGUUCUCUUUCUUGUGGUGAUUAUUACUCUGGUCUGCUGUUUUUUCUGCUCCUGCUGCUAUUUAUAUCAGCGUCGCCACCACAGAUCCACUCCACACACCCAAGAGAUACAUAUGUCUGGAAUCCCUCAAGCGCAGAAGCAGCCAAUUUAUCCAAAACAACCUUCAUGCCCUCCAUAUCCUGUGCAGCCAACAUAUCAAAUGGAUCCUAAUCUUGUCCCACCCCAAGCAGGAUAUGGACUUGUGCCAGUGUUCCAAGCAAAUGGGCUCAGUCCCCAGUAUCCAAUGUACCCUCCAGUUCAACAACCCUACAACCCAAAUGGUCCCCCUCCAUAUAUGCCUUACCCUAACCCAGUGCAGCCUGGAAUGUGAGAUCUUCAUGGUAUAAAAUCUAGGGAGACGGCAACACAUAAAGGAAUUUGUAGACUUCUUGACCUUUGAGUGGAAUAGCUGAUCAUUGUUGAUCAUCUGCUUGUAACAAAAAGACACUUUGAUACACAUUUAUACACACAUGUAAUGUUUGUGUCACUAUAAAGUAUGUUAUAUUACCAAGUGCUGUGGGAUCUGUUAUCAGCUUACUGACAGCACUGAUAAAACAUUAAACAAUGUUCAUAAGCAUGUUUGUAUCACUAAUAUAUUAUUAUAUAUAUUUAUAUUUAGAUAAUAUUAACUACACUGGAGUAUUAAAUGGACAGUCGUUAAAAAAGAAUGGAAAGUUUACUAUACAGAUACUAAACUAAAUAUAAAGUUAACUGGCCUGGGUGCACUAGUUUUUCAGUAGUAAGAAGACCUGUGAGUGCCUUGCUUUCAUUUUAUUGUGUAUGUGUGUAUAUAUAUUUUUUGACGUGUAAGUACAGUCAUACAUACUUGCCUUCAGCUAUGGAUUAAUUUCUUAAUGUAAUGUACAAAACAUAAUAGUUUUGUAGUCAAAUAUUUUCAUAGUUUUCAUUCUUGUAUGUGUGACUUGUUGAUUUCCCUGCGUCCAAAUGCUACCUAUAUCCACAUCCCAUGCCUCUUCUUUUCACCCCUUCACCAGUUAUGUUGUGAAUACGUUUAAGUAAUGGAAAAGUGGGACAAUAAAAAUGUUAAAAAAUGCUGCAAUAGAUUACUAUAUUUCCUAGUCUUAAAUGCACAUUAUAUGACAGAAUGGCAUGUCACCGGCAAGAGCAAGUAUCCUCAAACUAUGGAUCCGGCCCUCCAAGGUAAUUUACCUGGCCCCUGCUGCGUCCUCACCCCUGGCUACUACCUGUCUGCAAACACAGCAGGGAGCUGGAGGUCACAGCAGGGAGCUGGGGAGGAGGGACCCGGAGGACACAGUGGCGAGCAGGUAGCCAGAGGACGCAGUGGGGAGCAGGAAGCCGGAGCAUGCAGCAGGGAGCCAAAGGGCACAGUGGGGAGCGGUGCAGCAGGGAGCCAGAGGACACAGCGGUUACUUAAAGGGAGGCAUAGAAUAAAAAUUUUAUUUUAUUUAAUUUUCUUUCCUUUUGCUACAGCAAAGCCUAUGGGUUAAAUCUUCUAUUCUUCUGAUAAGAAAGUACUUAGGAAUGCUAUCUCAUUCUUUAUUUGAAUAAAUAUUUUUUCUUCUUUUUAA